AUUCCUAUUUGUCAUUUUUGUCUACACGUUCGCUAUCGCUACGUACGACUACGUGCGACUUGUAUUAAUUUUAGUGGCCGGUGUUUAAAUAGACAUCUAAAAUCAUGAAGUUUUAUUCCAAAUGGGACAAUGGAUUAAAUUCAGUCCUAUUGAUUCUAAGUUCUUUUGUAAUAUACGUGCAAUCUGAUGUUCCAAGACCCCGCGGAGUGUCUUUAUCUAAAGCAUCGUUGUAUUCGCCGAAUAAAGAUUUUACGUGUUUCGAUGGGACUGUUACAUUACCUUUUAGUUAUGUGAAUGACGAUUACUGUGACUGCUUCGACGGAAGCGACGAGCCAGGUACAUCGGCUUGUCUAAACGGUAUAUUUCAUUGUACAAAUGCUGGUCAUCGGCCCCAAAAUAUUCCAAGUUCCCGGGUCAACGACGGAGUUUGCGAUUGUUGCGAUGGUACUGAUGAGUAUGCCGUACCUAAUUCCUGUGCAAAUACAUGUGAGGAACUUGGAAAAGAAGCAAGAGCCGAGGCACAGAGGUUAGCAGAGCUACAUAAAGCUGGUAGUCAUUUAAGACAAGAACUCAUAGAGAAAGGAAAUAAAAAGCGAAAUGAAAUGGCUGAACAAUUAUCACAGUUAGAAAGAGAUAAGGCAGAUGCAGAGAAAAUAAAAUUAGAAAAAGAGUCUAUAAAAAAUGAAAUUGAGAAUAAGGAAAAUGAGGCUCUAAAAGUUUAUAGAGAAGCAGAGGAAAAAGAGAAGCAGAAAAAAGCCGAGGAGGAAAAAGAGAAAUCAAGAAAGGAGUCCAUAGAGCAAUUUGAAAGGUUUGAUUCCAAUAAUGAUGGUUUGUUAACAUCUGAUGAAAUUGCAACUGCAAAUGUUUUUGAUAAGAAUAAAGAUGGGCAGGUUGAUGAAGAGGAAAUAAAAUAUUUCUUUGGAGAUAGUGAAAAUGUAGAUAAGGAAUCAUUUGUUACAAAAACUUGGCCAUUGUUGAAACCUUUGUUAAUGAUGGAACAGGGUAUGUUCCGUCCUAUGCAAGACAAUGAGGAAUCUGACCAUGAUACUGACGAAGAAGCCAACCAUGAUUUAGAUAAUGAAGAUCAAGGAUCUGAAGAUGAUAAUUUAGAUGCCGAUUUGUCCAUUGAUGAUAAUGAGGAACAUGAAAUAGAAUCAGAUACAACUAGCAAAUAUGAUGAAGAGACUCAGAAGUUGAUCAAUGAAGCCACAGAGGCCCGAAAACAAUUCAGCGAUGCCGAAAGAACUGUUAGAGAAAUAGAUUCAAAUAUCAGAAAUAUUCAACAAAACCUGGAAAAAGAUUAUGGUUUACAGCAAGAGUUUGCUACAUUAGAUGGACAGUGCUUUGAAUAUGAAGAUAAAGAAUAUGUUUACAAACUAUGUAUGUUCCAAAAGGUAACACAGAAAUCAAAGAACAGUGGCUCUGAAAUUGGACUUGGAAACUGGGGUGAAUGGGCUGGUGAUGAUAACAAAUAUUCUGUGAUGAAGUAUACUAAUGGUGUAGCCUGCUGGAAUGGCCCCAACAGAUUAACAGUUGUUAAUGUACACUGUGGAUUAGAAACUAAACUGUUGUCUGUCACUGAACCAUACCGGUGUGAAUAUAAAAUAGAUCUCAGUACACCAGCUGCUUGUGAUGGGUCAAACACAGCACAACAGCAACAUGAUGAACUAUGAAGUGUACACUUUUCACACCUCUAUGUGAUUACAAAUAAAAUUAAGUUAUUAACAAAUCAGUCAUAUAUAAUAUAGUUUUUCACUACAGAAAAUAAUGUCACAACACUAAAUAUAGUGAAUCCUAAAAUUUUAUACCUAUUGUUUUUCAUAGUAUUUUUUCUCAUAAUAAAGUAGUUUAAGUAGAAAAUAAUUUAUGUAGCAAUAGAAAAAAAAAUAAAGAAAAUGUGGCAGUUAUUUUCUUAUUACUUUAUUUCAUAAUAUCUGUAAUAGCCAUCAAUGUUUUGAAGACUGAUAUGUAACAAUGUAACAUUUUGUUCCAACAUUCCUGAAUCGAAGGCUGUUUUAGUUGAAUUACAAGAUUUAAAAUAAUGUGAACAAAACAUUGUGUGAUUAAUUAAAUUGUUUUUGAUUAA